CGCAUCACAACGCCUUCAGGUCUGAACAUAAACCAUUUUAAGACGUAACGACGACGACAAGAAGAUGCCACGGACGACGACGGGAGAUGACGGGGAGGCAGUCGGAACAUCAGGACCGCUCACGUACACGGAGGAGCUGGUAGCUAAGUUCAGUGGGUGCGACCAGACCGAUUCCGCAGCACGGUGGGCGCAGGAGGUCGAUGACAACGCCGAGAUCUUCGGGUGGACGGAGCUGCAGCGGCUGAUCGUGGGGCGCAGGUCACUGACCGGUACGGCGGCACUCUGGCUGCGUUCAGAGAAACCCUUCAAGACGUGGGAGGCUCUGAAGACGGCGGUCACCAAGGAGUUCCCAGACACCGUAGAUUCCAAGACGAUCCAUGAGUUAAUGAGCAGCCGGAAGAAGAAAGCAAAUGAGACGUGCCUAGACUACAUGCUGUUAAUGAAAGAGCUCGGCAAGCGAGGCAAGAUGCCCGACUACGUCGCUAUAAAAUACAUCGUGGACGGAAUACUAGACGACGAGUUGCAUAAGGUGAUGCUGUACGGCGUGACGACCUAUGGGGAUCUGAAAGAUAAGUUGAAAGUGUACGAGACCAUCAGGCAGAAGUCGAGCGGAAGACGGGCACCGGUCUUCAAUCGUCUACCUACUGCAACUACACCCGCAGGCCCCGCAGCAGCUGCACUCGCGCCAGGCAACAGGACGACGGCCGUGCGACUGUGCUACAACUGUGGAGAGAGUCAACACAUGUCAGCAGAUUGCCCGUACAGACAGAGAGGUAUUAAAUGUUUCCGCUGCAACGACUUUGGACAUAUUGCUACGCAGUGUCAACAGCCAGGCGGAAGCGGCAACUGGCGGAGCAACGACGCGUUUGGACGAGGACGACCUGGUCUGCAGCAACCUCAGCGUGGGCCGACGCGUUCAAUGUUCACAGAGUCAAACAACGAAAAUUCAGCAGCGACAGCCAGUGACAGUUCAAACUGUAUGGACGUCAACGUCAAGAUGACAGAUGCGAAUACAAAUGUAAAUGUAAACAAACAGACGGAAAGACGAAAGCCGAUGAAGACUAUUGAAAUUUCAGACUGCAAAAUGACUGCUUUAAUAGAUACGGGCAGUGAAGUUAACUUGUUAACCGACGAAUACUACAAACUGAUAGGUUCGCCUAAGUUUGACGAGGGACAUGUGAGUGCUUUGGUGGGACUCGGACAAUUGGAAGUGAAACCCCUAGGGAAAGUCACUUUAAGUAUGAAUAUAGAUAAAGAACAUUAUAAUAACGUAUUGUUUCAUGUUGUGAAUAGAAGUUGUUUGCCUUACGAUGUGAUAAUUGGUCAAGAUUUUUUGAGAAGAGUGGUAUUGAUUAUGGAAGACGGACGCGCGAGUUUACGUAUGAAAGAUGACGAAUGGAUGAAACAAGUAGGGUGUUAUACGUGCGAUUCUGUGGUUGUAGAUUACAUUGGUGAUAUCCAGUACAAGGAGCAGCUGACGGAGAUGGUAGAGAACUACCAGCCCCUACAGGUCAAGGAGGCUCCCAUACAGAUGAAGAUCGUGCUGAAGGAUGAUAUCCCGGUGGCUCAGCGGCCGAGACGUAUUUCACUAGCAGAGCAAAAGGUAGUAGAAAACCAAGUAAGAGAGUGGCUGGACGACAACAUUAUUCAGGUGAGUUAUUCAGAGUAUGCUAGCCCUUUAGUUUUAGUUAAGAAGAAAGACGGGGACACCAGAGUCUGUGUAGAUUAUAGAUUGUUAAAUAGGAAAAUGGUGAAAGACAGAGGUAGGAAGGAGAGUCACAAGUACAAGGAGGGAGACUUGGUGGCAAUUAAGAGGACUCAAUUUGGUGUGUGUCUUAAAUUGAAACCUAAGUACCUAGGUCCCUACGUAGUGAAGAAGGUGAAGCGGAAUGACAGGUAUGAUGUAGAGAAAUUAGAUCCCAGCAGCGAAGGUCCAGGUCGUACUUCUAGCUCUGCAGACCACAUGAAACCGUGGCCAGACCAUAAAGAGUAAGUAAGUUCUUAUUUUGUUUUGUUAUUGCAUAAUAUUCUAUUGGUGUCGGUAUGAUAGUGAUGAUGAAUGAAGAAGUCAGUGAUGGUAAUAAAUAAGUUAUGUGUGAGCAGUAAAUAAAGUCAAUCUAGAUAGGUUUUGUAAUGAUUGUAAGGUUAAACCCUAAGUUGAAAUCUAACUAAUCUAAAUUGUUGUUAACUUGAGUUGCUAAGUUUUUAGUUUUUUUUGUUUUAAUAAGAAGAUUAUCUUUAACGUUUGAUAAUGCUAUGUUUUAUAUUGUGUGUAACCUUGUACUUUACAGUUAUUGUAAUGAAUAAGGCUGAGGGCAGCCUUAAUGUCAGGAUGGCCGAGUGUGGGAGUGGAACAGAACGCAAGGUGAAGUAUCCAUGACGACGAAUAACAGAGGAGCAUAGAGUGAAAGCAGAGUGUGAAAAGACGUAAAGACGUAAAGACGAUUAAGUUUGGUAUAAAUUAAACGACGUGAUACAUCAUUAAAA